AUGCAAGUAGCAUCGCCCUUGUGCGGAAACUUCGUUGGGUUAGGUGAUUUAGGAGAAGUGGCGAAAACCAACACAUACGACGCAUGGUGCUAUAAAGAUUAAGUUGAUCACGACAACUUGGUGGUUGCGUUACCUCAUUUUGGUAGAGCUGGACAAAAUGACUGAAACUUUCAAACGUUUUCCUAAGAAGAAAUAUUCUAAUGACGAAGAAUAAUAUGCUAAUGAGGAGCAUAUUAAACCAAACAGAGUUGUCUUCAAGAGUGAAAUAAGACACCUGUCCUCCAAAACACUGAAAUCCAAGCAACGAGCAAUGCGACUGAAUUCGACGACUUAUCAACUAAGCGUAUCGAAGCAAAUAUUUAACUAGUAUCACUCUGAAUUCCAAAAAAAAAAAUUCAGAAAAUCGAGAAUAUUCUAGUGUCAGCUAAGUAAUAAACAAGUGAAUUAGGAUUGAAUGAUAAAAUAUACUGAAUAAAUUUAUACAAAUUUUGGUUCGUUUCCAAUUAAGUACGCUUGAAAGUCUAAGCUUUUGGUUGAAGAUGCAUCUUUUCAUGCGGGCAGAGGGAACUGUCAUGUAGGUUAAAAAUAGACUUACAGUCGAACCUCUCUAAUACAGACACAGAAGGGACAGAGCGAAGUGUCCGUAUUAGAGAUGUGUCCGUAUAAAAGAGGUCACUACGAUGAUGUCACUUUUAUGACUCCAGUUACAGUUCAGUACCUAAAACCAGGCUCAAUUCACAGUACAAAGACACUGUCUUUCAGUAACAUACAACAUUGUAUAUCUCAGCAACAGACAAACUACUGUUUUAAAACGAAACGAGGUAAAGCUCAAGCACAAUUCUGAAAGCGUCUUUCUCUAUUUUGCAAGUGCAGUAAACAAUAGCUAGAGUACAAAAUGUAAUAGAAAAGAUCUUUAUGCUGUCUGUAGUUAUUGAAGCCUCCAGAAAGUCGGUUAUGUUCCUCUGCAGACCUUUCGCAAAUCGUUGUGCGGUAUACAGCGACUGGGCUUCAUAUCACCUUUCAUAGCUCAUCAGCCAGACUAGACGGGAUUCACCCUGUGCAGAUACACCUGAUCGGGAUUCGGGAUUCGCCUGAUCCCCGCUGUGGCCGCAAUAAAGAGGGUAAGUUUAUAUGAAUUUACUCUCUGGGGCCGAGAUUUAGUGUCCGUUGCCCGUAUUAGAUGGAGUCCGUAUUAGGUUUUUUUUAAAGAAAAUAUAUAAGACUUUUGUCGAGGCAUUGGAAAUUGUCCGUGAUAUAGAGGUGUCAGUAUUAAAGAGGUUCGACUGUACAUGUAUUUUGAAGAGCUUUGCCGCCCGUGAACAGUCAUUGUAUUAGAAAAAGUAUUACUAAAUGUUUAUGACUUCCUUGAGAGAUGAAUUUACGCUUUCAUAGCACUAAAACUCACUAAUAGAUGUUUCUGUUAGUUUGCGGCCACCAUGUUGGUGCCUAUCGAGAUGGACACCGACAUAGUUUCUCCGUAGAAAGCACUAUAAAUUUCAAUAAAUCAGUUGCUAUAGUCUGAUUCUUGGCAUGGAUCUUUGCAUAUUUAUUUUCUGGCCUUUCAUAUCCGAGAUUCUGACCAUCUGUUUGUCAGGCCAACUUCAUUUAGUUGUUUCGAGCUGAUUGGCUUAUCAAAGUACCUGGCAGGUUGUGAAGGGGAUGGUGCUAUGAGAUUUGCAUUCUCUGCAGCCUUGGGGUAUGUAGCUCAAGUCUCAAGCUCCCUCAGUGAUAUAAGGCACAAAGCUAGAGCUGAGAUGACCGAAUUCGGAGUGUGACAGCCAUGUGAUCCUAAUUAUCAGUCAAGAAGAGAGUCACCUCAGAGGGCUUAUGGGUAUGAGCUGACAUCCUUUACAAUGUAAUGUCUUAAUUAAUGUCAAGUUAAGUUGGCAUGCCAAGACUGGCAAACUAGUGCGGCUUUCAUACUUUCGGCUGGAUGUAAAAUGCGUAUAUUUUAAUUAACUGUGAGCAAGACUAAUCGCACUCAAACUGCGGGGUGCCAAGUUUUUACAAAAAACAUCUCUGUGGAAGUUUUAACUCAGUCGGACAUCGAGCAAAAGGAGGAGACUGAAUUUUUUUUUGUUGUACAUGUCGUUCUUCAUUGAAAUCGUAACUAUGAAGCGAACACUCGAAGUCAACGUUUACGCAAGAAACUCGAAAAGGUACUGACUAUCUUAUAAUAAUUGUUCCAAAUCGUCGGCCGGAAGAUUAAUAACCAGUUUAGCGCUGUAACUACUGUUGCUCUUCACUUGAGUAUAUAUACUUACCGAAAAACAGCAGCUCGAAGAAUUGUUUAAGCUCAGGCUACAAGAUUUUACUUUUGCAAUCGUUAUUGUAUUUGAAAUCAGUCUGUUCAAAAACACCGUCAACAUUGGUUUUAUUUAUCUCAGAGAUAAGUAAAACAUUAUUCAAUGUUCCUCUCAGUUCCUCUCAGUUCAGUUUUAAUUAUUAUUUCUUUACAAACAUUGUACGCAACCUAUAGUCAGCGCUAUAAAUCAUUUUGCCAACUUUUCAGUGUCACCCAUGAACUUUAAACAUCAAAUUGGUGAAAGAACUGUAUUUUACUGACAAAAUCAUCGCUAUAUAAGUAGUCAUGAUUGCCAUGGAGUUUAAAUCAGAUUCAUACAAUUUGAGACAAAUCUGAGAAAGAGUGGGCAGCUGUUUUUCAAGGUUUCCUCCAUCCAUUCAGCAGAAAUGUUAGGAUCUUCGGGAAAAACGGGCGAUAUAUAAUGCUAGCAGCAUUAUCGUCAACAGCAUCAUUAUGUUAAAGAAUAAAACCUAAAGAAGUGUUCAUUCAUAGGUUGCUGAGGAACAUUAGACGCAGCUAAAUAUCUAUAAAUAGCCCUUUUUUUCUAAACUGUAUAAUUUGUCUGUGGGAGAAAUAUUUUAGAAUCUUUAAACCUCUUCUAGCGUCUUAACAAGCGCAACGGGCUUGUAUCUUUCUGUAAACGCGCUAGAAAAUUUCGGUUGAAAAAUUUCAAGUCGUCUUUUGCUCCACAGUAGAAUUCAUAGAAACGACAACGACAUUUUUUAAAGUGUCGUUGUUAAAAGUUUCGGUUAUAAUCAACGUACUGUUAUUGAUGUCUACCAUUAGGCUAUUUUAUCUCAAAAGUGCGACACCAUCAUUUAUUUUUAUUGUACUCUUUUUUGGUAAUAACAUGUAUAUUGCUGGAAUACUGAAUUGACCAUAGUUAUUUUGUUAACAACUUUAAUUCAAAACACGUACUUAGGUUCUAGAACCACCUGCCCCAUUUCAACAUGACACAUACAGCUUUCGAUCAGCUUGUUAUGUGACAUUGUAAUGCUCUAACCUACUUUAACAGGUCAUGUCGGUAGCUGCAAAUCUUUCAGUUGUAAAUAAAAUGUGGCCAUUAUUAGCUUCGUGAUUAUCAGUACCAUAAGAUUGUUUAAAGCUUUAAAAAGGUUUCGAAAAGUUAUAAUGAAAUCUUCGGGAAAAAAGGGAACCCGGAGAUAUGAGUACGUACGUCCGAGGGUUACCAUCGGAAAGUAACCGCUCCCCGACAGUAACGGUCCCUUGAAGGCUUGCAAAAUUUGCGUGAAAUGAACGGCAGCCUUUACUUUUAGAAUUCUAUGUAUAGUUUCCCACAAACUGUUUUGGUUCUUGACAAACGUUCUGACUCGACUUUCUACUUAUUCUACAGCUAGUCUGCACGGAAAGCCAUUCCUGAAAAUGUAUCCUUUAAAACGUUUCCAGGCUUUUACAAAAUGCUUCCUUGUUGUGCCUUUUUUGUUUACCCUCGGCCAAAGAUACGAUACACGGGAAAGAACCUUUUACAGACUAAAAGACCAGUCACUGGUGGGAAAUGUCUCUGUAGUGAGACAGAUCAAAGAUGUUCACGAUUGCUCGUUUCUGUGCAUGGAAUAUGGUCCCUUCACCUGCUUGUCAUUUAACUUCAACAAUACCCUGAAUGAGAACGGUUUUCACUUCUGCGAACUAAGCAAUGUUUCUGAAUUUCAUUUGGAGCCUCAAAGGAAGCAGGAAAUUCCUGGUAUCGAUUACUAUGGGAUGACAAAUGAAGUAUGUAUUUAUUUAGUAACUUUUUAUUCCAUAGUCUUUUAUUUAUCAAUUUUUUUUAAUGUUAACAGGACUUGGUUAAGUCUAUGUUAAACAGGCUAAUCACAAAGCAAAUCGUGAAUUCGAAAAUCAAAUGAAUUCGAAAACCAACUGAAUGACUAUAAAGGUUCUAAAAUUUCCAAAACAUUGAUUGAAGUGGUCAGUUGCAUUGAAAAAUCAAACGAUACACAUAUUCUACGGAAUUUGCGGCUUUAUCUUUAGCUGAUACAAUAAAACGUAACAUUGAUCAAGGUCAAAUGACUGGAGAUGUUUUAAUAGACUUCCGCAAGGCCUUUGACAGCGUGAAUCAUUCCCUGCUAUUAAAGAGGCUUUAUGCCCUGGGUAUCGUAGAUCAAGAAUUCGAGUGGUUUACUGACUAUCUGAAAGGUAGAACUCAAGUUUUCGGGUUCCAGCUGCUGGGAGCUUUCUCAGACGCUAAAUCUAUUUGUGUCGGUGUGCUCCAAGGAUCGAUCCUAGGACCUCUGUUAUUUGUGAUCCAUGUGAACGAUUUAUCCGCCGUUGCCCGCAAGUGUAGUACGCUAAUGUAUGCUGAUGACACUGUCUUAUUCUAUUUUGAAAAGGUCGCUGCUACAAUCGAGAAAAGUCUCAAUGAAGAUCUUGAUCUAAUUGGAUCGUGGCUCCAUCAUAACAGCCUUUUCUUAAACGCGGUUAAGACUGAAGCUAUGAUGUUCGGAACCCACGCUAGGCUUUCUGACGCUGAUUUUGGUAUAACGUUUAAGGGCCGACCCAUUAAGCGUGUUUUUGAAUUAAAGUAUUUAGGAGUUGUUUUUGAUGAACAUAUUAUAUUAAUUUUUAUCGGGGCCCCAACUGAUAGUAGUGCUUAAGGCGUCUGAAUGGACCGCUACCAUGAUAUGAAUAAAUAAAAGUCUCUCUCUGUCUCUCUUUAUUUUAUGCCUGAACCUCGAAGUGUAUAAGUUGAUAUGGACGAUUGUAAUGUUUGUUCGGAUUUUUCAAGCCAAUUCCAAAAUUCAUAAAUUUGCAUAUUGAAGAAAAGAAAAUGCACUUUAUUUGAAUGUCAAUGCAUUUAAAAUUAGUGUACGAAAUGAGGACACUAUUCAUACAUCCCCGCUGGAGACGGGACUGCCAAUUUACCUCAACCCUUGCGCAAGGUCUAGCUAGCCGUUUGCAGGGUGGCAAAGAGAUUUCCUUCAUUUUUCAGUUAUUUUAAGACCCCGAGUAAUGGUCCAGCUCCGGGAAUCGAACGUGCGACCUGCCACUUUUCAGUCAAGCGUUCUACCGAAUGAGCUUAAUCCGCUGCAGUAGAAUAUAAAAACAGUGAAAUAAUGAAGGAAAUGUUUUAUAUUGACACAUUUCAAUACUCAUUUUCUGGACUAUAUUUCCUAAGCAAAAUCUGAAUGCGGCGUCAGGCCAUUUUAAACGACGUCACUGGUCUUAUGCCACUGGUCUUUGGCAUACCAAAGAAUCAAAAUGCAACGUUUUUCGGGUAUGGUUUUGCUUGAGCAACCGAGGGGUUCAUGAGUGGUUCCUUCUUGCUUGUGAGGGGUAAUUUAAAAAAAAAAGGGGGAAACAAAAGGUCAUCAACACUAAGCUCAUUAAUUAUGAAAAUCAUCAUGCUUAAACAAUAUAUUAUGGGCUUUUUAAGUCUUUAUUUAGUGUCUGGCCAUGUCUCAGUAGCCCAUGUAACUACGGAGGGACAUGUAGUUAUGGUCCUACACCAGGUGAUUAUUCCUGCCAGUGCAAACCUGAAGUGUCCAUCCGCCCAUUUAUUGACAAUAACUGUUAUAUCGGUAGGUGAAAUAUUAAUUGACUUAUAAAUAGAAGUCAGUAGUAAUUAACUAUUGUCAGUUUGAUUAAAGAAAUGACUGCCUUAGGCGAUUGCACUUUGUAUCUGUUAUAAAAUCGGAGGCUAAAAUGAUAGGGCUCACAGAUAAUUAUAAUUAUAAAUAUUCGUUCAAAAUGUAUAUCUGUUUCUGAUUCGAUGAAAUUUCCCGGCCAAUUAUCUUACCAAUUAAAAAGGGGAAAUGAUCAAGAAAAACCCUGAUCAUCAUCUUUAUUAGUCAAACUUUUCAGGCUACGCAAAGAAAUAGAGAGAAAUGUAGUUAAACUGUAGACAACAAGAUAAUAUAGAUUAACAUAACUAAAACAUGAAUAAUUUAAAAAAAAAGGUGUGCAGCAGCUAAAGCAGCAAAGUUUUAGAGCUGGGAAAGGAAAGGAACUCCUGUCUAGUUACUAGUUACAGCUAUCAUGCAUUAAAUUAAUUCAAUCUAAGAAAUAAAGUUACAGUUUUCACAUGAGCAAGAUAAAGAAGAUAAUAGAUAUAUUAUGAUAAAAAAUAAGUUUUAGUUGCAAGUUAAGAGGGAGAAAACUAUGGCUAACAUUUGAGGAUAUCAUUUUUUAUCAUAUUGCAUUUUAAAACUGCUCGUACUAGAGAGCCGUUUGAAAGUUAUUGGACCUUUUCCCCAUGAUUUGGAGGCUGAACAGCACAUGUCAACCACGACUACAAACAAAUUACAUGUACUUCAGAAGGCCAAUCUAAAGGAUUUUCUCACUCAAAAAGGCAGAUCUGUAUAAGCAUUAUGGCAUUAUAAGCAUUAUCUGACCUCUAGAGGUUUAUGUUUCUAAUUUGCGUUAAUUUCGCUAACAAUUCAAGGUAAUCAAUUUUCCAAGGAUCUAUGAGGAAACAAAAUUAAUAAUAAUUAAGAAGUCAAUACCUUUUCUAAUGUUUUUCAGAUCUUACUGGAGUAGAGUUUUAUCCUGUUGCUCAAUAUACAAAACUUUACGUAGCUAGCGUUGAAAGAUACCUUCUGAGUUUUUCUGACGCCCAAAGAUUUUGUGAACUACAUGGAACAACAUUGGCCGAAUACUCUCACCUCCUGCAAGCCUGGCAGAAUGGAUUUCAACACUGCAAGUAAUUAAAGCGUUAAGAUUUUUCAGAAACGUUUCAAAUUAUUUAAUAAGUAUAGAGCGCGCUGUUCAAUGUUUACAAAUGUCAUGAAUUACCAGAUUAAAUUUACGAGAAUGCAGAAUGUUACAUCGCUGUCGAGAUUCUUUCUGCCUUGGAACUUUCGCGCAGGGCUUUAUUAUGCUGCCGCCUCGCGUCUUCGUUAUCAAUGCAAGCAAGGGAGGCAGGGUAGAACACGAAAUUAACUGAAGAGUCGCAGUUGGCUACUGCUUCUCUUCCUACGCCUCGCUUGUGUUUAGUACAUGUUUGCAAUCAAACCUCGAUGAAAAAUAUUUUGUAAACUUCUUUGACUGGCGUUAUAGGACCGUUAUUAAGUAACGCGUUUCCAAAUGUGACUAAAAUGAUGUUUUAAAGUUGGUAAGCAAUUUCUUAAGUCCCGCUCAGCACAGAUUCCAGCCCUGGCUACACCCUCGCCUUAUUUCUUUGUUCCUUCUUACAACUCACCACCCCCAUGGCAUGUAGUUUACAGUUAGGUAUUUGAUUGUAUAUCAGAGAUCAAUUAAGGGCCUGUUUACAUGGAGGUGGGGGACUCCAGGUAGGUGAGGUAACCCGCUUAGCUGGGGUAACCCGCCUGUCCAUACAGUCUCUCAUUUUAAUGAGAUCGCGUUUACAUGUUAGGUGGGGUAACCCGCCACACGUUACCUCACCUACCUGGGGUCCCCCACCUUCAUGUAAACAGGCCCUAAACCUUUUGUACCUCUCAACUUAUCGAACAUUUGUUUUAUCUAGGUAUGGCUGGUUAGCAGAUGGAACUGCUCAAUAUCCAAUGCAACAGUCAUUAGGGAAUUGCGGGAAUUUUAUUGGAGUUAGUGGUUAUAAUUGGCAGAUCGACAAGAGCAGCACAUUCGACGCAUGGUGUUAUAAGGAUUAAAUCUGACAUUUGUUUAACAGCAUCUACGAUGCAACAGGAAGACUCAGGGGCACCCAACGAGAAUAUAGUUCAAAACCACUUAAACAUAGCAUUCUUAAACGUGUUUUAGUAUUUAAACGGUGGAUAUGGGCAUAUUUUUAUCCCCUAUAAAUUUUUCAUCUGUUCGGAUUUCCUAGCUGAAAGUCUAGUGAUCCGAAAAUUAUAGGGAUCAAAACUUACCCGUUCGAAAAUUUCACUCAGAAAAAAGACUCCCGAAAAUUCUAGGUGACCUUUUUAGGGUAAAAAUCCGUUGAAAAUGGGCAAUUUUACCAUUUUUUAGAUGUUCGAAAAUCCUAGGAGAGGCAGGCAAGCAAGAAACUUUACAACAAAUUUUCCGAAAAUUCUAGAUCUCAAAUCGUCUUCCGAACAGAUAUUUUCCCGAAAAUUGUCGUUGGGUGCCCCUGAAGGCUGUUGAUAAGCUCUCCCAGUCUCUGUUUGCCUCAUCAUCUGAUUCGACAAUUUCAUUAGCCUCUUGACUCUAAGGGCACUUAUGACAAAAAGAAUCACCUCAGUUAUGUCAGAGGCAGAAAUCAGCUUCGACCAAUUGUUGCCUGUGCACGCACUAUAGUGAUGAAACCUCAUAAAUAUCAUAGUGUAAUCUUAGGAUUAUUAACCCAGAGUGUCAAUCAAAUACGUUUCAAUUUAUUAUAAGUUCAAAAUGUAAUAAAAUGGUAAUAACAAAAAACUGGUAAAACUAUUCAAAGGUUUCCUUACACUUAAGCUUUAAUAGCUCCUCUACUCUACCCCUGUGUGCCAUUUAACCUUGUACACCCGUAGAAGAAGAGGUCUUAAUUUCUUACGAAUAAAUCCUUACUUAUUAAUAUUUUGUUACGAAUCGUCUGUAUUUGGAAUUUUCCCAUUAGGGGGCUGCGAGGAGUUCAAAGCGAUAACAUUAAAAAUUUAAGGAACGAUCGCGAGUUACUUAUAUAAACCUCACAUCGUAUUGUUUAAGAUACGUUCAACAGAAUAGUUAAAUGGAAGCAACUUUUGGCAAGAUGUUUUCCUGUUUGGUACAAACCUACGAUGCACUAGGUAUGGUUUCAUGUUAUUGCGAGGCCUUUCUGGUCUUAUGGCGGUUGAACUAACGCACUUAGACUUUAUUUGGUAGUGGUUAGUGUAACUUUGCCACAUGAUGUUUUGAAGAAAUUGAAAUCAAUUCUUAAUAUCAUCUUUUUUUUCAACAUACAUCAGAAAUUGUGUACACGUAACAACCCACAUAGGAAGUCAUUUUAAUUUAUUUAUUCAUUCAUUUACAUAUUUUUUGCUCUCUCUCUCAAAAUACUUGCAUUUUUACUGACUAACAGACUUAAUUCUGUUGUAGUUAGUAUAAACUUGUCAUGAUCCCUUGAAGAAAUUUAAAUCGAUUCUUAAUAUUGUGUUAUCUUUCAACAUAUAUCGCAAAAUGUUUAUACGUGACGUAACCUAAUGUUUUUCUUAACCUGACAAGCUAAGUCGUAGUUCAGAAUUCAAAUGGAGAACUUAAGGGUGGCUCGUCGAUUUGGUUCUUCUGGGAUUAACCUGUGUAUUUUUGGCUUCUCCGAUGUCUAGAAUCUAUGGGUCUAUUCGCGCAGCGAGGAAAUUCACGUUCAAGUUGUCUAUAUUGGAAGACGUUAUGUUUUCAGGAGAGCCAACAAAAACAAUUGGUCAAAUACAAUUAAAAUGAGUGUGAGAAUUAACAGAUGUGCACUAAUAAAGUAUUUUUUUAAUAUUUUGAAGAUAAGUUACAUCAUGCUGAGCCCCAGCUAAUGUUAAGGCUAAGACCUUUUGUACAGUCUUACAGUGGUCAAAAGAAAGCCUGUGCGUGCGUGGGAGGUUAUACGUACAUGUAAUCACAGUAGAGUUUGUUAGCAGUUUAUUAUUAUUUCUUUAAACUAUUUUUCUUUUCUGACCCCCAUAACAUUUGCAUGAUUUUACAACUUACUCCUAGCUCUAUUUGUCUUUCUUCUCACUCAUUUCGAUUUUGUGGCUUUUCAGAGUAAAGAAAGCACGUUAGUUUGUGAAAUGGUAUCUUUCAAUUUUAUCGCUGGUUUGAGGAAAUGGCUCGUUCUUCUAUCCUUGCUUGUACUUGUUCAACAAUAUUUGACACGUGAAAGGCAGUUUUACAAAAUAGAAGGAAAAUCCUUGCUUGGCAAUGUUACAGCCGUCAUGAAAGUCAAAGAUUUUUUCCGUUGUUGCUUUCUGUGCAUGCAGUAUGGUCCUGUGGCAUGCCUCUCCUUCAACCUGGAAAGAAACAAUAAUAGCAUUCAUACCUGUGAGCUAAGCAGCUCAGAAAAAUAUUUGGAGCCUCAGAAAAUGCGGAGAAGACUUGAUUACGAUUACUACGGGACCGAGUUUCAGGUAUGGUGACCGAAACCCACCCAUUUAGGGCGCCUAGCUCUUAGAGUGGGCAAUUUUAUUAUUCCUAUUCAAUGGAAAUUUUGUCUUUUCAAUGGAAAACUUGUCUGUUCUGACAACGCUCCGUGUAUUUCUUCAAUACUUUUGAAAGAGGAGGAUUUGCUGCCACAUUUUCUCACUCUUUAGGCGGAAGAAUGGAUUCAGUUUUUUGACUUCCCUUGUUCAGUCCAAACCUCUAAUGAUUGAGAGAUUUAAAGGAGUUAGAGGCUACAACACGUAAAGUAAUUAGAGUUUCCUAAGCAAUCAGCUGCUCUUCGGGCAAUCCGAUUAUUUUUUUUUUUCUUCUACUUUUGCACAACGAAUUUGUGACAGGAAUGAAACAAAGACAAUUAUGGGACUACAUUCUGAUAGGUCCAAAAUGUUCCCCACAUCAAAAACCUUUGUUUCGAUAGGUUCUGAAGGUAAUCAUGAUUACGCAUUUAAGCAAUUAACAACUAACUGCAAGAACUAUACUGGCAAGAAGGAGAUUGUAAAGGCAAAAGUGACAUCAGCUGAGGCCCUGGGCCCGGUUGCAUAAAACGCCCGUAACAACUACGGGUAUACGUACGUGCACUCGUAACUUAAGUGAGUUGCAUUAAAUCACUUAAGUGGUCCACUUAGGGAAUUCACUUAAGUGGUUGCCCUUACGAUUUUCAUAAGUGUUCACUUAAGUGUCGGUAACGCAACAGAAAUUGCGGGUGUUGCAUAAAACUUUUUUUACGGGAAAAAUAGCUCGUAAAUUGACGGGACCUAUGUAGGUCCCGUAUCGUUACUGUUUUUACUAAAGUUAACAAGAUCUUUUACUAAGAAGUGAAAAAAAGCAAUUUUUCUUCACGUAAUUCGUUCUAAUGCGCUUUCUGAUGUACACGUUAAGCCGACGUUGUGAAAAAAGAAGAAUUAUCAUUUUCAGUAGACAUUGAAGAAAAAUAACGAUUGCGUGCAAAUUUCAUUUUUUUGAGAGGCUUAAAAGUGUUCGAAACGACUAAAAAGUUUCUUUACACUCACCGAUGGUUAGCUUAAAAAAAAAAGAGUAAGUUAUUAAUAAAGUAAUAUAUCAAAGUUACAUGUGCCUUUAAGUGAGCCCGUAAGUUACCACGUAAAACAGUAACUUACGAGAGUGCUAAGUGCGUUUCAUGCAACACCCGUAAGUGUGCCCAUAACGGAUUCGUAAGUGACCUACUUAAGUGGGCACUUAAGUGUAGCUUUUAUGCAACCGGGCCCUGACAUUGUUGCGGUGGGUCCCGUUGCACGCGAGGCGGAUCGGCCACCGAUGUUGUCUUGUGCAAGAUGCAUUGAAGGGAAAGUUCCCCAACAUUUUGAUGUGUUAAGGUCUACAAUGAGCCAGCAACACGGUUAUAAUACUCGAAAUGGUUACAUGCUAUAGUCAGCAGGCCAAGAACGGAAUAAGCAGAAACAAAACAUAUUAUAAAGCAAUUAACGUUUGGGCCUUACUGCCGAGUGAGCUCAAGAGACUCAUGUCAAGUGGAAAAAGUUUAGUUUUAUUGAACAAUUUUGAAUCGUAGUUGGUAUUUUUACCUUAGUUUUCAACGAUUUUUAAACACAAACUGAAACGUUUCUAUAAAAAAAAAAUUGACCUUAGUUAGUAUCUUUAACUUUAACUGGUAUUUUUGAGUUGACCUUUAUUUGUAUCUUACGAAGAAUUAUGGAGAUCGGGGAGGGGGUUAUCCGCUGUUUUAUUAUUCAUUCAAAAUAAUUCCUACUUUAAAAACAAAGCUAAAGCAUGCUUACCUCCAUCGAUGUUAAGUUUAUCUUCGAUCAUGCAAAUAAUACGAGCAAAAUUCUUCCAAAUUUGGUCACCAGUAGGCUUGUUAUGGUGAAUUAUGCGUGUGCUUUUAGCCAAUCAGAAUCGGGGAAAUAUUUAUUUAUUUAUUGUACGUAAAAAUACCUUAAAAAUUCGAAAUUGUGCAUACUAAAUUUAUAUGUAUAUAUAAGUGAGAUGAGCCUACCUAACAAUGCAUGUUAUGUUUUAUUCAUGAUAGAAUCUAGUUUUCCUCCGCCCAUGUAUCCUUAGUCCAUGUAAGUUUGGAGGGACUUGUACUGAGGGUCCUGGAUUGGGUGAAUAUUCAUGCCAAUGCAAGCCAGAAGUCUCAGUUCUUCCAUUCAUCGACAACAGAUGCAAUGUUGGUAAGUUGCGGAGAAUCUUAGGAAACAAGUGUAGGUCUUAUUUUCUUCAAGGGCCUUAAAGCUUGUUGAACCAACUCAAAGGCUGCUGAGGAAAGCGGUUCAAAGUCCUUGUCAACUUUUGUCAACGAAACAGCAGCUUUCCCUUCAAAAGUAACGAUUACUUUCCAAGCAAGCGGGUUAACUUGCUCCACAGGCCAAAGACUGGCUUUUUUAUGUGAAGGCCCAAGACAGCUGAGUGAAACUGCACUAAAAACAAAGUAUUUACGAUUUAGUGAUUCAACUUUAUUGGGCACAGUCCAGUCCAGUGGGGAUAGGCACGAUCGGAACUUAAAAAUUCUGGAUUCGAUGCCGUGCCCUCCCCUCGCUACCCAUUUCCACUACAUCAGUGAAAUGUCCUUUUCCGAUAAGACUAUAAUGUUUAACGAUUUGCAAUCAAAUGCAACACUAUCUACUCUAAAAUUUUAAGACUUGCACCGGUCGAUAAUCGAGCUCGGUACUCCCGCUACCAGUCUGCUGGCUAGCACAACCAUGGCCAAAUCGGCUUACGGUGGUCAUGCUUUAAAAAGACUAUUUUAAUAGCAAAGCAGGGGCUACGUCUUAAGGAAAUUUUCAAGGCCAACAAUUUGACUUGACAACGAAACUAGUCUGCUAAAUGCUCAGUCAGGAGUACUCUUAUUCUGCAGCACAACACUGGCCAUGACGAAACGUAGUUGUAGUCGAAGUAUUGACCUGUUCACAACUGCCCUUAUAUUUGUACGAAUAUCUCAAAAACAGGCAGAGUUAAAUUCUUGCUGUUGCUUUGCUCCCUGCAUCAAACGUUUUUGCAGCAUUAUCCUCCCUUCUCGGCCUUUUACAUUUUUUGUAACAUUUGUUAUCACUGUUUAGAUACCAACAAUAUAACAGUCCUCAGCCCCACUAAAGGAGUAUUUUGGGGUGCAGUCACCAGAUACAACUUGAAUUCUUAUGAUGCCAGACGAUUUUGUGAACUUCUGGGAGCAACCAUCGCCACGUACCAUCAGCUUUAUGUUGCCUGGGAGGCUGGCCUUGAGCACUGCAGGUAUGUAAAUUUUUUCUUCUUCCACCUAGAGCAGAGAGAGUUAUUCUUUACCUGAGGAGCCCAUGAUCUCCUGUACCUGCCAGUUUAGUUAAUUCCGAUCAUGAAAUCUGCUCAAUCAACAAUCAUUGAAGGAGGCUGAGUAUGAUGUGAAGGAUAACGCAGAUCGAGUUGGGUGUGGAUAACAACCUCCGAGAUCUGCAUAAUUCAAUCUUGACAUCAUACGAAAGUCGAAUUCAAUAAUUGUUUUAUUACUCAUUCCAAAUAUUUGUAGUUCCUUAACACCUCGUAGACUUUCUCCAAAACAUUUGCCUGUCUUUUGACAUGGUUUCAGGAUUUUAAAAUAUGAUAUUACUUGCAACUACUCCUGAAAAAAAAAUGGAUGACAUCCACCACGAGCAAUACUUUUGUCGUAUUUUGUUCAUUUCUUUUCAGUUUUAGUCAGAAAUUUGGCUACAUGGUCUUCGGAUAGCUGUGAGCCCCGUAGAUGUUUGUUUGAGUUUGCUUAUGCAUAAGCCACUAGGCUGCGGCGUUGGUCACUGGCAGAAAACGAGAUUGCUAUUUUUUACUGGGGCAAUAAAUCAGCGUAUCUGCUGUGUAUUGCCACAUCUUCAAAAUACGGUCAGCUCCAGCUGAUUAUGAAUUAUAACCAGGAGGUUGAAGCCGAUCAGAAACGGCAAAAUAUUUUAAAAGGAUAAUGAGAACCAUUAUUUACUGUUUCAAUUGUACAACAUUUCUAUCUCUGUAGGUGAUUAAGUGUGGUGGAACAUCCAUUUCUUAUUAACAUAUCUUAUUUACAUAAUAUGACACCAGAUAAAUAAUAUUUUUAUUUUUAUACCAUCACAAGGUUUAGUGGGAUUUAGACAGUAUAUGGAUGGCUCUAAAUGUUCAUGUUUGAGAACCCCUUUCUUGGGCAAUGAAUUCUACAAUUUAUUUUCCAUUCUUUUUGCAUUAUAUGUGAACAUGUAAAAAGGAAACGACUGGCUGAAUGAUUGUCUGACUGACUGACCGACUGACUCGCUAAAUGAAUGAAUGAAUGAAUGAAUGAAUGAAUGAAUGAAUGAAUGAAUGAAUGAAUGAAUGAAUAAAUGAAUGAAUGAAUGAACGAAAGCGAACGAACGAGGGAAUGAGCGAACGAACGAAUGGAUGGAUGGAUGGAUGGAUGGAUGGAUGGAUGGACUGAUGUGAAUGAAUCGUAAAUGAAUGACCUAAGACUGACUCCAAAUGACUGCAUGAUUGACUUCUUGGUUACUUGAGUACUGCAAGUGUCAAAGCCUAUUUACUAAGUAAGUUUUAAUUUUUCUUUUAAUUAUACUUUUCUACAUUUAAACAAAUACCGUAAAAUUCCGAAAAUAAGCCCCGGGGCUUAUAUUUUUCAAAGGCCCUUUUUGAGGGGCUUAUUUUUGGAGGGGCUUGUAUUCGGACGGGCUUAUUUACGGAGGGAAAAUUGCGUUUCAAAAUCGAUUGGGCUAGCCUUAUAGUUGGAAGUAAAUUUACCGUUUUGGCUAUGUUUUACUUUGUAUUUGAGGGCAAAUUUCCAAGUACAAGCCCCCCGGGGGCUUAUAUUUGGAGGUGCGAUUUAUCGGAGGGUUUUUUGCGUUACCGGCUUGGGGGGCUUAUAUUUGGAGGGGCUUAUUUUCGGAAUAACCACCUUAGGUUUGGAUGGCUGUCAGAUAGCACGUUACGUUAUCCGAUGCAUCAGAAACACCCUCAGUGUGGAAACAAGAUUGGAAUCCUUGGAAGUUCAAAGCCACAAAAUAAAACCAUAAAGAGAGACGUUUGGUGCUAUAAACAAACUUAA